AUGACUACCCUCGAAACCGUACGGGUGGAGCUAGCGCCUCCUGGAGCCUCGCUGGCUGCGAUGCCACGGGCGGUGUCGCCGCCUCCGCAUGUGUCUCUGGCGCCCUUGGCAGCGGCGAACCCUGACGUACCCCCUAAACGGGCCCAUCGUGAAGUGAGAUUCGGUCUGUACAUCCUUGGGUCCAAUUUGGGCGAAGGCGAAUUCGGAAAAGUGAAGCUUGGCUGGCGAAAGGACGGCAAGUUGCCGUCACAGGUGGCAAUCAAACUCAUCAAACGCGAGCUGCUUGCGAAAGAUCUGGAACUGGAAGUCAAAAUACACCGAGAAAUCAAUUCCUUGAAGAUGUUACUGCACCCGAACAUUGUCAAAUUGGUCGAAGUGAUGAAACUGGGCAAGUAUAUCGGCAUUGUGCUCGAGUAUUGCCUGGGCGGUGAGUUGUUCGAAUACAUUUUGCAACAUAAAUACUUAAAAGAGAGUGUGGCGAAAAAAUUGUUUGCUCAAUUGGUUCUGGGGGUCGACUACAUGCACAGCAAGGGACUUGUACACCGAGACCUCAAAUUGGAGAACCUCUUGCUCGACAAGCAUAAAAACGUGAUCAUUCUGGAUUUUGGUUUUGUCAAUUCAUACCGUGAUCACGAUUUGAUGAAAACUCUGUGUGGACUGCCGUGCUAUGCCGCACCUGAGCUUGUACUCUCUCAACAACGCUAUCAUGGUCGCAAGGUUGACAUUUGGUCGUUGGGUGUUAUUUUGUACGCGAUGUUAGCUGGCUACUUGCCCUUUGAUGAUGAUCCUGAGAAUGAAGACGGCCUGGACAUUGUGCGCCUUUACCAAUACAUCUGCAAAACGCCACUUACAUUUCCAGAAUACGUGCUGCCAUUGGCGCGAGACUUGUUGCGCAAAAUUAUUGUUCCCGACCCCAAACGCCGAGUCGAUAUGGAUCAGAUCCGUACCCACCCUUGGUUACAACACCAUGCCAACUUACUUCAGAUUCGUCAACCCGAAUGGGACCGAAUGGCGCGUGAGCGGGCGCCGGUGCAGCCGGCGCCUCGCAGUGCGGCGUCGAAGCGUUACUCGAUGAUUCAAGAGUCUACCACCUCGAACCUUUUGAGCGCCACCCCCAAGGCAGCGCUGAGCACGUCACUGAGCUUUGCUCUGGCAGUAGCACUCCCACGCCCGGUGCGACAGGGACAUGCGCGUCUGACAAGUCAUCAAAUCGAUCCGCUAGUAGUGGCAACUACCGCUGCUUCAUCAAACCCCAUUGCCAAUGGCACUACCAACAACACCAAUGUUGCUCCUGGUACAUCUUCAGUGGACCCACUGCCUCCUUCCACGAUUUCGUCUUAUGGCCUGGUGACGCCAUCGCGACCCACCUCAUCGAUCGGCGGUGUUGGGGUCAACUCAGCAUCCGAACUCGGUAGUAAUGAGUCCACUUUCAUUACUCCUAAUGCCGUCUCGAUGACUGGUGCCACUCGCAUUACACCCAGUGAGGUCGUUGCUAAUGGAGGAACACUUGUGGCACCGACUCCCAGAACUGCUAUUGCUUCUAGACAGCAAGGCGCAUUUUCACAAGCCAGUACGACGCGUUUGCCCCACCAAAAGCCCCGCCCAACGCUGUAUCACCCAACGCUUACACCAUCGUUACUUACUGAUUUAUACAGAGCGCCACUCUCGACCUCGCCAACGAAGGCACCGCCACUUUCUCAAACAACCGACGAAAAUGCUCUGCCUGAGCGAUCCCCCAAAACUAAGCGUGACUCGGCUUUAUUUUACUUGGAGGAUAAAAUGGAACAGCUUGAUCUUCGCGAUGCGGUGGCAGAGAAGCCGCCUCCGGUACCCCAGAAAGAUAACGCUCAAUACGUUUCGCGGAAUUCGCCUCAAACUGCUUCGAAAAGUACCAUCGAUAAAGGGAAAACGAUCACUUCCGGUACCACGGCCACCUCAGCGCCGCCUCCAGUGCCUCCUAAGGAACAACGCAGAGUGCUGCAAUACGGUACUGGUGGUUAUCAAAACAGCAGCGUCACUAACCUGCUCGUACCGGAAGUUUCCACACGUCCCGUACUGAUGAUAGUACCGCCGACACUGCAAACGAUACCCAAACGCAGCCAGCUGACUCACGACAGUGGUCGCCGCGUGCUUCUGGGCGGAGAUGACGACAAGGAGAACAAAAGAAAGAACAGGUUUCUGAUCCUUUCGUUUUAUCUGGGGUACAACUCGCUGACACAGCUGGUGCUGGCGCUUGUGCGAGAAAAGGAGCGCAACCUCGCAAAGGAAAAGGCUAACGAAUCAACCAAACCAUCUCAUGGUAAAGACCAAGUUAAAGAUACUUCGUUACCCAAACGCCCAUUGGAGCCACUGAAGGAGCACAAUAUCACAGGCACCGCGACUAAGCGUAAUGUGCUGACGCUGCUGACUGGGAGCAAGUGCCUGACCACUUCCACGGCGCUGAGCGUGCAGGGGAAGGAGGCGCUGGCCGCCCGCAAGGUUAUGGACUUUUUCAAGCGGCGAAGCGUUCGCCUCGGUAGUUAG